AUGCAGCAGGGCACUCAGCAGCAGCGUUGGCAUCAGCAGGACGCGGUGGCGGCUACGAGCCAACCACCUCAGGCCACGGAAGGCGGCUCCUGGGUCGAAGUGUUGCGACGUAAGCCGCCACGUCAGCAGGUGACCGAGCAACAGCGGCAGGAACAGUGGCCGCAGCUCCCGCAACGGCAGCAUGCGCAGUGGCAACAGCCGCAUGGACAACAGCCGCAACGACCCCAGCUGCAACGGCCACAGGCGCAGCAGCAAGCAGCCGCUAGCACGGUAGCUAAGCAGUCGGGAGGACAGCAGCGUCAACGCAAGCCCAAGCCGUACGCCAUCGAAAUUGCUCCGGCGGAGGGUCAGAGCUGGGAUGAAAUGUACCAGCUGGUGCGAGCAGCUCCGGAGCUGCAAAAGUACAAUGACCAGCUGGGGGUUGGUGUCAGACCACGCGAUCGAGGCUGGUAUUGA